CGGGGUGUCUUCCGUUGUUUUGUUUGUGAAUUUUGAGGUUAUGUGUGAACAUUUAAAACUUUUAAAUUGAACAUUUCCAAUUAUCAUUAAAGGAUUCCAUUGAUGGCAUCGAAAAAUUACGAUGCGUGCAAGGCAAAAGUUCUUUCGAGAAGCCCUACCGUACAACAACUAAGAGAAGACAUACGAAAGCAAUUCCACGAGAGACUAAAGCUCAGCCGUCAGGGUGACACCUCCCGUAACCGCAACCUUUUCAAGAAUGCAAUUGGGCACGCAUACCAAACGUUUCGCCAACUAAAAAGCACCUUGCUAAACGGUGGCGAAGAAGAGCCGACGGUCGAGGAGAUGGCACUGAUUUGGGACGACAUCGAAGGCGAACUGUGUAAAGAAUUUAAUCAGCGGCAGGCGGACGACUACGCUCUUCAGAUGGAAGCGGCGGUUAACGAAAAUGCUUACAUUUGUAGUAUUUGUAGUAAUAUCAUUACGAGUGAUAACUCGGCGCCUUGUUUAAUUUGUGAUAUGUGCGCGAGAUUGUAUUUUAACAAUGAUUCUAUCUAGUUCCUCCGUAUUUAUUGUAAUGACUAAUACUGUUCUGUUAAAUGUUAUCGUUUGUCUAGUUUAAGAAUACUCGUUUCACUUAUUUUAAUAUAAAAAUUUAGUUUUGUACCAUUUUGGUGUGUUC